UUCCCCGUGGGAGGCGCCAGGUGGGCGGGCGGAGAAGCCACGCCGGAGCCAUGCGAGGCGGCGCCUGGGCCGGCCUGAGGUGGCUGCGAGCGGGGCUGACGUCCGUGGCAGGACGAGGCAGCGGCAGAAGCGAGUUCUCCGCUAUGUCUUCACAGCUUCACUGGUUGACUACGGAAGAAAGGAACCAAGUUUUACACGAGCUCAAAGCUUCAGGAUGGUCCGAGCUGACUGAAAGGGAUGCCAUAUACAAAGAAUUCAUCUUCAAAACUUUCAACCAGGCUUUUGGCUUUAUGACUCGUGUUGCUCUUCAGGCCGAGAAGAUGAAUCACCACCCUGAGUGGUUUAAUGUAUACAAUAAGGUCCAGAUAACUCUCAUUUCCCAUGACUGCGGUGGACUGACGAAGCGAGAUGUCAAGCUGGCUCAGUUUAUUGACAAAGCUGCUGCAUCUGUCUAACAAAUGAAUGCCGAAAUCAUCACAAAAUAGCAUUUCCUUCAAAAUAUUUUUCUUUGCAUUGUUAUGAGACGCUUGUUCAGUCCUCUCUCUCUCUCUCUCUCUUUUUGAAAAUUGAUUUCAAAUUUCUCCAUUGCUUCCGGGGCUGAAGAGUAAGGAAAGAGAGAUUCCUUAGGCAUAUCCUCAUAUCCUGUAAUGGAGAAGACACAGAUCAACCUAAGAAUUGCAGCCCAAAUUUCUGAUACUGCAUUGAAUGGUGAUAAGCAUUAUUUGUAACCGCAGCUUUUGCUUGAUAACUGACCUGUAGUAACUUGCGCAUCAAAGGCUGAGAGAUUAAAAGGCCCUUUGCAAUUUCUAUGGACAUCCUGAUGCUUUUCAGGCUCUCCCAUUUCACACUGUAGGUCCUCAUGACACUCCCCUCACCCCACCAAAAAGAAGACUCACCAUCCUCAUGCAUGGGACUGUUGGAUACCAGCCAUUACACAUGACCUAAUUCUGUGCUUAAAGGUCACGUUGCAUUCUUGAAAAUCAUAAUGACUUAAAGAAUUGUGGCCACAAUCCACUUAGGGUUAAGUUCCUUUAAGUCACGUUGAUUGCAUCUUUUUGCCCAAUGUGGGACUUGAACCCACCACCCUGAGAUUAAGAGUCUCAUGCUAUGCUGGCAGAGUUUGGAAGUGUGUCCCACCUUGUUCAUUGGGGUUUACUCCCUGGAUGGGACUGCAGUCUGAGAUGACUUUCUUAAAAGACCUGUUAGGUAUUUAAGGCAUUUGUGUGAUUUUUAAGCAGGGCAUUGUAGUAAAAUAUUUUUCAGUGGGGGAAAAAAAAAC